AUGAGUAACACCACUAGACCAAAAGUAUUGACUAUCGCAGGAAGCGACAGUGGGGGUGGGGCUGGAAUUCAGGCCGACAUCAAGACCCUUACUUCAUUAGGUGUUUAUGCAUCCUCUGUCCUGACCUCGGUGACAUCACAAAAUACCCUCGGUGUAAAUGGAAUUCACGACUUGCCGGUCGACUUUGUCAAAAAACAGCUUGAAACUGUCCUAAGCGACAUUGGUGCUGAUGUCGUAAAGACUGGCAUGCUGUCAUCGUCUGACAUAAUCAAAGUCGUUGUGUCAGUCCUCCAAGACUACCCAAAAGCCGGUAGCAAACUCAUAGUAGACCCUGUAAUGGUUUCGACCAGUGGAUCACGUUUGUUGGCCAAAGAUGCGGUCCAGACAUUUGUUGACCUUUUAUUACCCGUAACCUUUAUCUUGACCCCAAAUGUACCUGAGGCGGAAGUUAUCCUUGGCAAGGCCGAGGGAUCAAUUAAAACACAUGAGGAUAUGUGCGAAGCCGCAAGACAAAUUGGAUCCAAAGGAACAAAGCAUGUGCUGGUGAAGGGCGGCCAUUUGCCUUUUGAUCGGGAUGGUUGUCGUGUGGUAGUUGAUGUCCUCUACACAACCGAGACCGGCGAAAUCUAUGAAAUCGUAAACCCUUAUAUUACUACCAAGAACACACACGGUACUGGAUGUACUCUUUCUGCUGCUAUUGCAGGUGAAUUGGCAAAAGGUCUUGAUGUCCUGCCUGCUGUUAUAAAUGCCACUACUUAUAUUCAGCACGCUAUCGAAGACACAUUGGAAGAUAUUGGCCAGGGAUCUGGUCCAGUCAACCACUUUCAUGGGAUCCGUAGCAUGCCUUACGCUGGAAAGAGUUUUGUAAAGGCCCUGAGAGAUUCGCUUCCAAAGGGAAUGUGGAGCGAAUUUAUCGAUCACCCAUUCGUCCGUGGUAUUGCAGAUGGCACUCUUCCAAAGGAAUCUUUUAUUCACUACAUUAAGCAAGAUUACAUGUAUCUGCAACAUUACGCUCGCAGUGCUGCCUUGGCUGCCUACAAAUCACCAAAUAUUGACAUGUGUGCACGUAAUGCAAAGAUUGUUUUGCAUGUUCACGGUGAAAUGCAAUUACAUCUCAAGUACUGUACCGACUGGGGAAUUAGUGAAGAGGAAGUGCUGUCCACUCCUGAGAGCGUGUGUAAUGUAGCCUACACUCGGUAUGUUCUGGACAAGGGUGCAACUGGCGAUCAAUUAGAUUUGCAAGUGGCUAUGGCACCAUGUCUUUUAGGUUAUGGUGACAUUGGUAUGAAGCUGUUCAAUUGUCCAAAGACCAAGAGAGAGGGAAACCCUUACUGGACCUGGAUUUCCACUUAUGCCGACAAGCCUUACCAGGAGGCUGUGACACUUGGAAACGAGCUUCUUGAAGAAUUAGCUCUUCACAGUGUCUCGACUUCGGUUUCUCGUUUCAAAGAGGUUUGCGAGACUUUCAAGCAGGCUACUCAACUAGAGAUUAAGUUUUGGGAAAUGAGUCUCCACUGCUUAUAAUUCAUUUUACUAUUAUUUUUCCUCUUCAUUCAUUUUUAGACAAAUUUCAUAAUAUGCCACCUUUUGUUUUUUUUUUAAAAAAAAGA